CGUCCGCGCCUGCGCAGUUGCCGCGGCGGCGGAGAAGCGCUGGCGGAACCCGGGGCGGCUGUGCCCGGGGCGGGGUAAAAGAAAUAAAAAAAAGCGCGGACGGACCCUGAUCCGGAAGCGGAAGCCGUGGCGGGCGUGAGUUCCUGCCUGGAACGGAGCGGUGGUUGAAGUUGCGCGGCGGGGUCCGCGCUGGCCCGAGGCAGCGCCGGCGGCCGCGGCUGCGCGGGAGGAUGCGGCGGGGUUUACUUGGAGUAAAAGACCACUGACUUCUACAAUGGAAAAGUCAUGGAUGCUUUGGACCUUUGUUAAAAGAUGGCUACUCGCUUUGGCUUCCUGGUCUUGGAGUCUCUGCCGUAUUUGUCUUUUACCCUUGAUAGUAACUUUUCACUUGUACGGAGGCAUUAUACUACUUAUAUUAAUAUGUGUAUCGAUAGCAGGUAUAUUAUAUAAAUUCCAGGACGUACUGCUUUACUUUCCUGAACAGCCCUCUUCAUCACGCCUUUAUGUUCCUAUGCCUACUGGUAUACCACAUGAAAACAUCUUCAUCAAAACCAAAGAUGGAGUUCUUCUCAAUCUUAUUCUGCUGAGAUACACAGGGGACAAUGCAGCAUAUUCUCCGACCAUCAUUUACUUUCAUGGGAAUGCAGGCAACAUUGGCCACAGGUUGCCAAAUGCUUUGUUAAUGCUGGUAAACCUGAAAGUCAACUUAAUUCUUGUCGAUUAUAGAGGGUAUGGGAAAAGUGAAGGAGAAGCAAGUGAAGAAGGUUUGUACUUAGAUUCUGAGGCUGUGUUAGACUAUGUGAUGACUCGAUCUGACCUUGAUAAAACAAAAAUUAUUCUUUUUGGCCGUUCCUUGGGGGGAGCAGUAGCUAUUCAUUUAGCUUCUGAAAAUUCCCAUAGGAUUUCUGCCAUCGUGGUGGAGAACACCUUUCUUAGCAUCCCAUACAUGGCCAGCACUUUGUUUUCCUUCUUUCCAAUGAGAUAUCUUCCUUUAUGGUGCUACAAAAAUAAAUUUCUGUCCUACAGAAAAAUCUCUCAGUGCAGAAUGCCUUCUCUCUUCAUCUCGGGGUUGUCUGACCAGUUAAUUCCACCAGUUAUGAUGAAGCAACUUUAUGAAUUAUCCCCAGCUCGGACUAAGAGAUUGGCGAUAUUUCCUGAUGGAACUCAUAAUGACACUUGGCAGUGCCAGGGUUAUUUCACUGCACUUGAACAGUUCAUCAAAGAAGUAAUAAAGAGUCACUCCCCUGAAGAAAUGGCGAAAACCUCCUCUAAUGUAACAAUAAUAUAAAUUGAUAUUCUUCUAUGGGGUGGAGGGUGUACCUGCACUGUACCUUGAUUUGUGAAAAGUGGUAAAAGAAUGUCCAUUUUUUAACCGUAUGUCAUGUCUGUACUUGACUAAAGAGUGAAAUUAAACUUGGAAAGGUCUGAUGCUUUAUUAAGAUGUUCAGAUAACUUUUACACUUGCAGCAUUGUAAAUGAACCAUUUUAUGUCUUUCUUAUACUUUUUUUGGUAUCUCUGUCCAUAUAUUCCAUUUGUUUGAUAUGUACAACUGAUGCUAUUAAAGGAACUUGCUACAAGUAGUACAGAAUGUAUUAGUUUAAAACAAUGGGAGCAUCUUCAGUAUUCACUGCUGAAUGAGUGAACUUUUUGGACAGUCAUGCUUAGCACAAUGAUUUCUUGCUUCUCUUGGAAUUCUUUUAUUUGAAGUGUGCCAUGCAUGAGAUUAGUGCUUUAUUCCUUGAAAUUUUAUAUUAUGCAAGAUGGGAAGUCUUUAAUGUGCUAAAUAAUAUAAAAUAACACUAAUGGUUGAAUAUACAUGCAGGCAUGCCAUCCUGGGUUAUUACUGGUUUUUUAUGAUUCUGCAUACAUAUAGAUUUCAAACUGCAACUGAUGUGGAAAAGACACCUUCCCUGUUUUCAUUUUACUGUUUGUAUCAUAAUAGUGCCCAGAAAGUUGUAUGUGCCUAAACAUCAUGGCUUCAGGAUUCUGCCCAGGCGAUUUCUUCAUUAAAAAAUAGAAGUAACCUUCAGAAGGGAGCGGUGUCAUUUAAGCUCCUUUCUGCACCAAGCUCUCCUCACUAACAUACAAACUAUUUGUUGAUGUUGAUCUGCUUGUGCAUUCGAGGUGGGAUUUCCCAAGGCAGAGUGGGUGGGUGUGAUAGAAAAGAAUGUCAAUACAAGAUGAAACUACGUAUUUGUCCUCAAAUUUCUUUUUUUUUUUUUUUUUUUUUUUUUAGGUUGGUGUAGUUAAAUGUCUGUGCCCUUUAUUUAUACCAUCAAAAAUCCAAAUAAUUUCCACUGGUCACAUGAUAAUAGAGAUCAAUGUAUACAGUUGUUACAGUAAGGAUAAUACAAAUGAGCAGUGCAUUAAAUUCAGUAGACCUGAGCUUACUUAGUCAUACCUAUUUGCUUGCAAAAAGUAUUUUACAGUUCUGUUGUACCUUGAGGAAGUAGCCUAAGCAUCAGCAGUUUUCUCUAGCUUUGCUGGGAUUUUUGAAGCUAGUGUCACCAUUUCAGAGCUGCCAGUACUUAAACUGAGAGAGUUUGAUACUGACUGAAUUUUAGCAUUCUUUUUUGUUUGUUGUUAGGGGUCCCUGUCCUAGAUAGUAGUAUCGAAGUUGAAUGCUGUUAGCAUAGUCCAUAUUAGAAUGUGGGGCUGUUUGAAUCUCUUCUGCAGGUUUAAUUUCUCAUUUGCUGCAGAUAAUAGUUUGCCUCUUCAAAAUAUUUUUUUAUGGAAAGAACAAACUGUGGAAGAUUUCCCACACAAUCCAUACAAUUGUCCUUUGGAUUGAAUUUUUGAAAUAAACUUUUCUGCCACAUUGUCCUGAUUCAGAAAAGCAUCUCAGCACACGCAAUCUGUUUCCUGGUGGGCAGUGGUAUUUUAAGCUUGUGUUUAAAUUCUCUGGUUGAAUAAAACUGCUUUCUUGAACUGGUGCCUUAAUGGUUAUGCCUCCUAAAGUUUAUUACAUAGAAUUACAAGUCUUAUGUACACAUCGGUAAUAGUUGUCAGCAAUUUACAGAUAGGGUGAUACAUCUUUACUUUUUUUUUUUAAAUAAGCAUGCCUACCAGAAGUUGCUUUCUCUGGUAACUAUCUUUUGUCACACCAUUAUUAAGGUUUUCUUAGAGGUGAUUGGAAAAGCUAUAACCUUUUUUGGAUCUGUAGUCCUAAAAUCAUUAUAGAUGUAGCGUAGUUUCAAAUCUGAAUUAAGCCAAAACUAUCUCAUCAGUGGUGGUAUUUUUUGGGGGACAGGCAGGUAGGGAACGUAUAUUGGUAAAGUUAGGCUGAGGUGCAGUGUUUAUAUAACAGAAGGGUGUUAAUAGGCAUAAAUUCCCUUUCCCUGAUGUGUUCUAAAAUAACAAUGUGAGCUGCUUGCAUAGAUUGUUUCACCUGGUUCACAUUAUUUUAGAAUUGAGGGAGAGAAGGAAAAUAAGAGGGCAAAUACUGUUUUUUCUAAAUAUAUGUUGAUAAGACCAAAAAAAUAGGUUGAUUGCUGGAGACAGAAUGAAGAGAAACUAAAUGUUUUAGAAGUUGUCAUAACUUGCCAUUAAAUACUUUCUUGUUUUUUUAAAAUAAGAUGUUGAUUUCUAAAGUAACAGAAUUCCCUUCGCUAUGUGACACCUCCAUACAAAAGAAGUAUUUUUGUUUGGGCACACAGUUGCUAAGUCAGAGCCAAAUGUGUGGCAUUAGUUUAUGGCAAUCUGGAGCUGUUUAAAGCGGACUGUAUCUAAACAUUGCUUUUAAUUGUCAAGCCAGAUCUUUUCACUAUAUUGGUUGCAUGACAUAAAGAUUAAACUUUGUCUGAUUUUCUGAGUAUUUGGUAUGAGAAGAUACAAUUGUAAUAUAUGCAUUCUUUCCACUUCAUGUGUUUUCUUCCACAAAUGCACAUUUUUGCUUCUCCUGUAAUGGGUUGGCCGCGUACACUUGUGAAUGAAUGUCCAUAUUGCUCUCUUUCAUUGCAUUGGCUAUGAAAUACACAGAAAGAAAAUAAGACGGAAAUUAUUUUUUAUGCAAAUAUUCCACUGCUGUACACAUAAUCUUUUAAGGGAAAGAGAAGAGGAAAGAAGCUUGUUCUGACAAGUCAGGAAUUCUUUUAUGGUUUGUGUGAUGGAAGCUCGGUUGUCUGCUGCUAAAAAGUGAACUGCAAGCAACACAAUAGUAAUAACUUCAAAUUGCCAAAAGGUAUAUUGUGAUACUGUUGCAUUUAUUCCACAUAAUACCAUUUUAUGUUUUCCCUUAACAGUUCUUCAUUUGCUUAUGUGAUAGAUGUUUCCUAAGUAUUUGUCCUGCAUAUAUAAAUCUCUAGUUUGGGAAGAGGAAGUUGAGUUACUUUCAUGGGUUUGUAAGAAAGCCUCAUAGUUUAAAUAUGCUUGUUAAAGGAAUUUUCUCUUUUACAAGAGGAACUUUGAACAACAAAAAAAAAGGGCAUGGAGAGGGUCAGGAGAUGAACUGGAACAGUUUUAGCACCAGAGUCCUUGUAAGGAAGUGUCCAGUGUAAGACCUUGUGUGUGCACAUGUGUGUGUGGUUUUAAUUAGUGGAAAUACUUGAGGCUUCCUGCUAAUGCAAGUUUACAUUCCCAAUAUUUGUUUUUGAACUGUGAAAUGUGGAGAGAGAAGAUAAGCUUUCCUCUGAAAAAAACUUUUAAGUGGUGUAGCUGCCCUCAUGUCCAUUUCUCAGGUAAAAUUAGAGAUAGAGCACAAAUAGAUUUGGUAAGCUACGGACAAUCUCUCGGUUGAAGGGCAGGUGGAUUAACUAUUAAUACAAAAUAUGCAUCUCAGCAUCUCUGAGCUGAUCAUUUGCAUCACGUGGGGUGUUCACAGUGAAGACUGCAAGGCCGAAUUGAGAGUUCAAGGUAUGGUCUCUUCUAUUAGUAGAAAGAUGCAGACAUACCUCCAUUCAUAUUUCAUAAUUCAAUACUUGAGAAGUACAUUUUUAUUUUUGUUAAUGACAAGUGAUUUUGCUAGGGGCACUUCUGCCAAAUAUAAAAUUGGUGCCUCUUGCAUGUAGUGGGAUCAGCCUGAUGUAUCCCGUUACGAAUAAUUUACAGUGCCAUCCUGCUUGUAUAAUGUAGAGUUGAACCCUGCAGAAGUGUAAAUACAAAUAGCAUAUUGAAAUUCUAAAUAACACUUGUGUUUUGAAUUCAGAAACAGUCAUUGAAUAUAUGAUGCAAGCUUAUAAUUUGUUUUUUCUUUUAUUUAUAGUUAAAGCAAAAAUGUCUUAUAAAGUAUUCUUAAGUUUUGUAGACAAAGCGUAAACGUUACUGUAUAUGUGCUAAUUGUGGCAAAGUUUUACAUUCUCAUUCUAGUCUGGUUUUUAAAAUAAAAUUAUUUUACGAAAAACACUUUUCUAUUUUUAUGUACUGACAUAUGCAAUAAAUUGAUACAUUAAAAGUGC